CUAUACGCUCAUUCGGGUCGAAACGUCUCUAAACAGAGUAAUUGGAGUGUUGCAGACUCGGAGACUCACGGUGAACCGAAAAUGGACGACGAAUUGCUGGAAUUGCAGAGGCAAUUCGAGUUCGCACAGCAGGCGAAAUCGAGCAUCAGAUUAUCCGAUCGAAACGUCGUCGAAUUGGUCCAGAAGCUUCAGGAGCUCCACAUCAUCGACUUCGAGCUCCUCCACACCGUCUCCGGCAAAGAAUACAUUACUCCCGAUCAACUGAGGCAUGAAAUAUUGGCGGAGGUUAGUAAAUUAGGGCGUGUUUCGGUGAUUGACCUUGCGGACACAACCGGGGUUGAUUUGUAUCAUGUUGAGAAGCAAGCUCAACGUAUUGUUUCGGAUGAUCCGGGGCUUAUGUUGAUUCAAGGGGAAAUAAUAUCGCAGUCGUAUUGGGAUUCUAUUGCCGAAGAAGUCAAUGACAGGCUUCAAGAAUGUAGCCAAAUUGCUUUGGCAGAACUUGCAGCUCAGUUACAUGUCAGUUCAGAAAUGGUGGCAUCUGUGUUGGAGCCCCGCCUUGGGACUGUGGUGAAAGGUAGGCUUGAAGGUGGGCAGUUGUAUACUCCUGCAUAUGUUGCACGUGUUACUGCCAUGGUUCGUGGUGCUGCCAGGGGUAUCACAGUUCCCACCAACUUAUCAGUGUUGUGGAGUUCUUUACAACAGUUGCUGCAAGAAAUGGAUGGAGCCAGUGGUGUGGCUGUUGAAGGUUCAUUUUUCCAAUCCCUGUUUAAUGGGCUUGUAAAGGAGGGCGAGAUUCUUGGAUCACUUCGAGCUGGAGUUCAUUGGACACCGAAUGUCUUUGCCAGUGCUCAAAAGGAAUCAAUUGAUUCUUUCUUUUCACAGAAUUCUUUCAUUAGCUAUGAAGUUCUGCACAAACUUAGAAUUCCUCAACCUAUUCAGUUCUUGCAGUCUAGAUAUCCGGAAGGUAUGCCUUUGGUUACUACAUUUGUUCACCCCUCGAUGAUUGAGAUGCUUGAUGCUGCUACUGAAGAUGCUCUUGAGCGUAGUAGUUGGAUUGAUUCUCUCUCUAUGCUGCCGAUGUCCUUUGGGUCUCAAGAUGCAUCUAAACUUUUGUCCCUUUGUCCUUCCAUUCAGCAGGGUCUUAAGUCUGAUAAAGCAAAAAUAUUUGGGGAGUCUUAUGUAUUUAGCAAUGGUUUUAUCAAGGAUGUGUAUGAUCGCCUGGAGAAAGAAAUGGAAACCUUUAAUGUUUCAGGUGCUUCUGGUACCGUGGUGUCAGAUGAUUUGCGCGAGACAAAAGCUGGUCAUGACACAAGCAGGUUGACUGAGUCAACUGAAAAUGUUAGUGAUAGCAGCGGUAAUAAACAGGCCAUGGAGAAAGGAUCCAAAAAGAAAAAGAGCAAAGGGGCUGGGAAUAUGAUGACAGGUCCAGCUGAGAAUGAGCUGGAUAACCAGGACCGUGCUCCUACGAAAUCUAAGAAAAAUCAAAGGAAAGGCAAGAAUAUCUCUUCCGAACAAGUUGCAGAGUCAAAAGCAGCUGCUAAGUUGGUAAAAAUCAAAGAGGAAAAUCUCAACAUUCCUUCAGAAGAUUGGGUAAUGAAGAAGAUUGCAACAUUGGUACCUGAUUUUGAAGAACAAGGUCUCGAUGAUCCUCAAACAAUUCUAAGACCUCUGGCAAACUAUUUGAGACCUAUGCUAAUCAACUCUUGGAAGGAGAGAAGAAAGGCAUUGUUUUCAGAAAAUGCAGAGAGAAUGAAGCAAUUGCUUGAUAGUUUGCAAAAGAAAUUUGAUGAGUCUUUCUUAAACAUGCAGCUUUAUGAAAAGGCUUUAGAUUUGUUUGAAGAUGACCAAUCAACUUCAGUCAUUUUGCACCGGCAUCUGUUAAGAACAACAGCUACUACUAUUGUUGACAUGCUUCUUCAAAAUUUGGACGUGCACAACAAAUUGAAGAACGGAGAUGAAGUUGCAGAGCCUCAGAUUUCAGAAUCUAUUUCCCUUAAUCCUGGAGAAAGAACUUCCAUUGCCAAGACUCUUCCUGGAUCUCUUUCAAAUAAAGCUCUUGCUGUAGUUGAAGCUUUGGAAGGAAAGCGGGUGGAAACAUUUAUGACUGCUCUAAGAGACAUUGCAGAAGAGAGCGGCUUGCUCUUGAAAAAGCUGGACAAGAAAUUGGAAAGAACACUUCUGCAUGCAUAUCAAAAGGAUUUGGUGUCUCAAGUUUCUGCUGAGAUGGAUCCAGUUUCUCUUUUAGCAAAAGUUGUUUCCCUGAUUUAUGUACAGGUUCACCAUAAGGCUCUUCAAGCACCUGGAAGGGCCAUCGCUGUGGCUGUUUCACGGCUGAAGGAUAAACUAGAUGAUUCAGCCCACAAGAUCUUGACAGAUUAUCAAACUGCAACAGUGACCCUCUUGGCACUAAUAUCUGCUGCAAGUGGAGAUGGAGAAGAUUGUACAUCUGAUAGAAUUUUGAACAAAAGGGAGCUGCUAGAAAAUCAAAUGACUGCACUCAAAGGCCUCGUUUUAGGCACCUCAAAAUCUUGACUCUCUGGCUCGAAUACAAGUUUCUGAAAGUUGAAUGGACCUUCGAAAGAAGCCUUACCAAAGAGGUUUCAGACAGAGAAAUGCUUCUUUUCCUUGAAGACGUUUGUGGAGUGGUCGUCUCUCCCAGACUGACAAGAAUAGAGAGAUCCAGGAAACUAGAAAUGCUUUUGAGUCAUUUCGUUUUUGCUUGAGCAGUGCUUGAAGUAUGUGGUAUUUGAUGUGCCUAUUGAGCUAUCAGUUUGGGCAAAUUAGAGAUUAGCCGAAAAGAAAAAAAAAGAGUGAGAGAUUAGCGUUGAAUUAUUGCCACUACAUCCAUAUAACUUGUAAAAGAAGUUGAAAAGAAAAGGCAUACAAAUUAGUAGUUCCCUUAAGGGGGACAUAAUUGGUCUUCAAUUUGGUAUGCACGCUACACUUACCAAUGCAGUUCGUUUUUUGGUAUAUUUGA